AUGCUUGACCCCCACGCCGCAGACCCUGCUCUUCUUCAAACCUCUAAUAACACGUCGAGUGAGCGCGUAGUAACGCCAAAGUUUGUGGAUAGUGACGAUCAGAAAGAAGCACACUCCGUGACUCCAGCUAAAGCCGUCGCACCCGUCAAGUCCAGUUGCUCAAAUUAUGAAUUCUACACUAAUCUCAAUGCCUCUGAAUUUCCGGGGUCUGCAACAGCACCGCAAACUCCUGCUGAUGAACCUGCUGUUAAAGAAGCACCAAAAAGGAGGAAAGUAAAAAUGCCAAAGAGAUAUGAGGGCAUUUCGCCUCCAAGGAACUUGAACCGUCCCAAUACCUGCAGCAAAGAUGAAAAGGACUUUCCUGUGAAUAAAGUAGCCGAGAGCAUGGAGGCUCCUCCCAGUUUUGUCUACGUGACUUCACAGGCAGGAACGAAUUUUCGGCUUAAUUUUGUGGCAACCAACGUCUCUUUUGAACCAUUGUUUAUAUGUCCUAGGAAGAGGCGACCUAAACCGAACGAAAAGGAUAUUCAGGUGAUCGCUCAUGAAACUGUCGUGGAAGAAUAUGAUACAGCUAGUGACAGACUGUUUAUCACUCGUCCUAAGUUCAUUGUCGAACCUUACCAGGAUGAACCAGACAAGGUGGUACUACCACCGCUCCGUGUUUAUACGUCAAAUCAACUGCGUCGAAAUCCCGAAUCUAUCAGCCGUCCCCAGCGGAGUGCAACAGUGGGAUUUAUUUACGUGCGAUUUGAUGGAAUUUUGAUGAAAAUUCGCGUGAAACCCUUACCUAUAACAAAAGUCAAACUGCCUGUAACAGAUGAUGUCAAAGCGACAAUGGAAAGGCUGCGAAUGCCUUCAUCGGACUCUGCCAAAAACCGAGCCCAGCUCUUAGUCCGCUACAACAAUGAUGUACUGAAGAUAUCCUUUGGUCUUUCAGAAUGUUCACUUUCAAGGUUACCAGAACGAAAGUCACUGGCUAUACAAACAGAGGCUAAGGUUGUCCUUCGCUCUGAGUACUGUCCGGUAGCCCAGAAAAUGGUAUAUAUCCCGAUACCUGAGUCCACCUACUACUACAAAGACCCAAUGAUUGAUAUUCGACGCCUCAACGACCACUUUGCAAGGAUGAAGAUCCAUCCAUUAUGGAAACAUGAAAUGUUCCACAAACGUGUUUCUGCAAUGCGUGGCAGUGGUACAAUCGAGCAAAUGGUGGAAAAGGUUUUGAAGAGAAGUCGCGGCUCUAUCUUAGUAUUUGAAGGCUUUAAUGCCGUCGCCACAGCCAUUGGAGGGCUUCUUUGUGCACGUGUCUCAGACGGUGCCCAACUGUACGAGUCCAAAAUGCACACUUACCUUGGGAACAUUGAGCAAGAACCCCGUCCAAAGGAAGUCAAUGUUUCCUCUAGCGCCGAGCUACAGAUUAAGGUAAGGGUUUUCGUGCAACGGUUGACCUGA